AUGGAGGCCAAGCUGAAGCUGCCGACGACGGUGGUGCUGCUGGUGGCAAUGACUCUGGGUGCAGCAGCUGGGUUCGGCAUGGGUCCGCUGCAGACCCAGCCCAGCGCCCUCUGCAACAUGAGCCAAGAUGGGCUAAUGGCGUGCAAGCCUUGGGUUACUACCGGCUCUGCUGCUCUGCCCAUUGAUCCUUCCGCCCCUUGCUGCGCUGCUCUGGCCGGUGCCGACUUGACCUGCCUGUGCUCCUACCGCAACUCCAUGGUGUUGCCUGCAUUGGGGAUUGAUCCGAAGCUGGCCAUGCUGCUGCCCAAGAAGUGUAACAUCCUGCCGCCUCCUCAAUGCUAA